UGAACACUAAGCAGGAUUGCAUUUAAAAAAGUGAAAUGGAUUUCCGGCUGUCAUAUCUAAAGGUAACGGAAGAUUAAGAUGACCCCUCGUGCAAGUUAAACUUACAUUAAAAUUGAAUUUCCAAGUUUAAAGAUGUUACAAAAACGGUAAUAAAUGAAGUAAACUGAGCGAACGUGGACUUAACACUUCGGAUUACAUUAUUCCAUAAUAUGCUAAACAAAACAUGGCCACUCCAUUGUAUGAUCCUAAACUAUCAGGAGCCAAAUUCAAGAAUUGGAUUAAGGCUGGAUUAGGUGUAUUAUUUACCAAAGCAGGUAUUGAGCCUUUUGUUCAUGAUGAAAUAGAACAGUUCCAGCAGAAAUGUUUGAGUGACAUUUGCAACAACAAUGGACUACCUGCUGGUACCACGUGUUCUAGUUGUUGCACAGAAAAUGUUGUUGUUUGCCCCACGAAUAGGAUUUGUAAUGCAACACGUGGAAUGUGUAACUUCCAUAGAAAUUCUGCCACGCAAUAUCUUCCGCUUGGCUGCCCUAACAAGAUAUGUCAUAAUUUCAAAAAAGAAAUCCAGAAUGCUCACCGUUUCUACGGUCCAUCCUAUAAAAACACUGAUGCCAGCCAGUGGUGCAGCAAUCCGUGGGAAGUUGCUAAAUGCUUCAUGCCACCAGACGGAUACAAGGAUGCGACGAAUGCUGCAGAGACGGAUUUCAAUGGAAUCAUCAGUGUUAUCCUGAACUAUGAAGCAUUUCAAACGAAAAUUCACGACGACCUUUCCAAACCGUACAACAUCUUUGAACAGGGUAGAGAGGUAGGCAAAGCAGUUCGACAUUGCCCACAAUUAGAGAUGGAACAUACAGAUCUGCAACACUCUUUUAGUGUCUUGCAGAAUUUGCUGUCAGAUCCUGUAUAUUUGUCUGCUAAUACCGAUGCACAGAAUGCUAAAACGAAACUAUUACAGGUUGGUGUUAUUGUAGUUGUUUUGAUUCUGAAGAAUCUUUCAAAACUAUAA